CAGAGAGAGAGAGAGAGGAAGGGCCGCACCAUGAGAGGAGGAGGAGAGGGAGAAACCCAUUCCAGCUGUGGAACCCGUCCGGUCAGGAGAACCUCUUCUUCUUCACGUUGAAGGAUUUUUGAUUUUUGAUUUUCUCUUCCAACGAAGCGUCAAAAGGGAACAAACCGUGCCGAGAAGUUCCAGCGGCCCUCGGAGGAUUCACCCGUCAAGCAUGAGCGCGGACAACGCCACCCUGCUGGACAGCCUGCUGUUCCCGCCGCUCUGCGGCGGCUGGAGCAACCGGACGGAGGGCGCCAUCUACCACCUGGGCAGCACCAUCCUGUUCCUGGGCUACAUGGGGGGCAGCGGCGCCUACGGCUGCCUCUUCAUCUUCGGCUUCCUGUCGCCGGCCUUCCUGUGCCUGGCGCUGUGGGGCCGCCUGACGCUGUGCGGCGCCGACGUCUUCACCUGGAACCUGCUGCUGCUGCUGGCCUGCCUGCUGCAGAUCUACCACCUGCUGUACCGGCUGCACCGCGAGGGCGUGCGCGGCGAGGAGCUGGCCGCCCUCUACCAGGCCGUGUACCUGCCGCUGGGCGUGCCCGUGCACGUGUUCAAGGAGAUCAGCCACGCCUUCGGGGACCGGGUGGUGGAGCUGAGGGCGGGCGAGACGUACGCCGUGGAGGGCAAGACACCCAUCGACCAGCUGUCCUUCCUGCUGUCCGGGAGGAUCAACGUGUCUCUGGAGGGUCAGUUCCUGCACUACAUCCACCGACACCAGUUCCUCGACUCCCCCGAGUGGGAAUCGCUCAGACCAAACGAAGAGGGGAAGUUCCAGGUGACCCUGACGGCGGAGGAGGACUCGCGCUUCGUCUCGUGGCGCCGCCGCCGCCUCUACAUGCUGAUCUCCAAGCAGCGCUACGUGGCCCGCCUCUUCUCCGUCAUGCUGGGAUACGACAUCGCCGAGAAGCUCUACAACCUCAACAACAAGCUGUACAUCAAGAGCGGCGUGCUGCUGGACAUCCGCCUGCCCAGCCUCUACCACGUGCUGGCCCCGUCCUCGCAGGGCAGCGAGGGCGGCAGCGGCAGCGACGGCGGCGGCGGCGCCGCCAGGGACCGGCGGGGCCGGGAGCCGGCGCCGGCCUACCAGAGCCCCGACCCCGCCCAGCCCCCGCCCCUCCCGCCGUACCCGGAGCCGGAGGCGGAGCCGGAGCCGGAGCUGCCGUCGGGUGAGGACUCCACCAGCCUGGUCCUGGAGGACUUCGCCGACGUGGCGGGAUCCUUGGUGGACUAUGGCAGUGAGAGGGAUUAUUUGAGGUAGAGGGGCAGGGGGCUGCAGCUAACACACUGGGUCACCUCUUAUCAUGCAAUGUAAGUACCUCACCUGGGCGGACAGC